AUGAAUUAUUACAAUAUACUUGGAAUCUAAAAUAACUCAUCUCAAGAACAAAUCAAAAUAGCGUUCAGGAAUCUUGCAAAAAUGCAUCAUCCAGUAAAUUAUGAUUGUAUAUUCAAGGAUAAGAAUCCUUAAUCAGUUUAAUUUAGAAUAAUCUCUGAAGCUUACCGAAUCCUCUCAAAUCCUCAAUUAAGAGCCCGAUAUGAUCAAGCUUAGUAAUAAUAUGAAAAACAACUAUAAAUAUACAAGUUAAUAAGAAAUUUUAUUAAUGGGAAUGGUGAAAUUCCUCUAAUCCAUUAAAAAGAUUUUGAAUCUAAUUAAAAUGAAUCCAAGACCGUUGAUAUACAAUAAAUCUAGAAAAAAAAAAUUCGUAAGACUUAAAAUUGA